UUGGAUUCCGUGCACGCUCCAACGGCUGCCGCGUUCUCGCCACCGCGACUGCGACAGAGGAACGCAUCGCCGCCAUUAUCCUCCUUAUCUCUCCAAUCCUCCAUUGACACUCACUCACCACCGGAGCUAUCAGUAUUUCUCUCCACAAUGCUUUCUCACUCCUCUUUUCGCCUCCACGCUCGCUGCCGCUUCACCCUUCCAUCUCUUUCCCCUUCCUUUGCCCCUAAUUUCGUUUCCCUUCCCUACUUCCGUCCCCGAUCGCACGUUCUCCCGCGGCCUCGCGCCAUCCUCCAAAUAUCCGCCUCCAUUACCGCCAAGCCUUCCUCCGAGCUCCGGAGGAAGCCCGGAGCUUCGGAGCCGGACGACAAGCUCGUCGCCUUGCGCGAGCUUUUCUCCACCCCCAACGUCAAUAUCGAUGCCUACAUCGUUCCUUCUCAAGAUGCUCACCAGAGUGAGUUCAUUGCCGAUUGUUAUCAAAGGAGAGCAUACAUUUCUGGUUUUACUGGCAGCGCCGGCACUGCCGUUAUCACAAAAGAUAAAGCAGCUCUGUGGACGGAUGGACGAUACUUUCUACAGGCCGAGAAGCAGUUAAGUUCGAGCUGGAUUCUCAUGAGGGCUGGUAAUCUUGGAGUACCAACAACAGGCGAGUGGCUCAACGGGGUCCUGGCUCCUGGCUGCAGAGUGGGCAUCGAUCCUUUCCUGUUUUCAUCGGAUUCAGCAGAUGAAUUGAAAGAGGCAAUAUCCCAAAAGAAUCAUGAGUUGGUCUACUUGUAUGAUAUCAAUCUUGUGGAUGAGAUAUGGAAAGAAUCCAGACCAAAGCCUCCAAGUAGACCUAUCAGAUUGCACGAUCUGAAAUAUGCUGGCGUUGACGUAUCAUCCAAGCUAGCUUCGCUGAGAUCUGAACUUAAUAAUGCUGGUUCAUCUUCAAUUGUUAUAUCAAUGCUGGAUGAGAUUGCUUGGCUGCUGAACCUGAGAGGUAGUGAUGUGCCGCAUUCACCAGUCAUGUAUGCCUAUUUAGUUGUGGAGAUUGAUGGAGCAAAAUUGUUUGUAGACAUUGCCAAGGUCAACUCUGAAGUGAUGCAUUAUUUGAAUAAUGCUGGGGUAGAGUUGAAACCAUAUAAAUCAAUUCUUUCUGAAAUUGAAAGUUUGGCUGCCAAAGGUGUAUGUCUGUGGUUGGACACAACAUCUGUUAGUGCUGCUAUUGUAAGCACUUAUAAAUCGGCCUGUGAUAAGUACUUUGGAGAUGCUGGCGCUGUGAAUAAAAAAAAGAAGAAUGUGCCUGAUGGGCCAGAUAGUCAAUCACUUGCGCCCACUCCAGUGUAUAAGAGUUCGCCUGUGUCGUUGGCUAAAGCUGUAAAAAAUUAUGCAGAACUUGAAGGCAUGCGCAAUGCACAUCUGAGGGAUGCAGCAGCUCUAGCACAAUUCUGGGCAUGGCUGGAGGAGGAAAUUGGAAAUGGUGUUGUUCUGACCGAAGUGGAAGUUGCAGACAAGCUUCUUGAAUUCCGCUCCAGGCAAGAUGGCUUUGUCGACACAAGCUUUGAUACAAUAAGUGGUUCUGGAGCAAAUGGGGCUAUCAUACAUUACAAACCAGAGCCAGACAGUUGUAGUAUUGUAGAUAAGGAAAAACUCUUCUUAUUGGAUAGUGGUGCUCAAUAUCUUGAUGGAACAACGGAUGUUACCCGAACUGUGCAUUUUGGGCAACCUUCUUCAUGGCAAAAAGAAUGCUUCACAAGAGUUCUUCAGGGUCAUAUAGCUCUGGAUCAAGCUAUUUUCCCCGAAUAUUACCCUGGUUUUGUAUUGGAUGCAUUUGCAAGAUCAUCACUGUGGAAAAGUGGUCUUGAUUAUCGCCAUGGCACGGGUCAUGGUGUCGGAGCUGCACUGAAUGUGCACGAAGGUCCUCAAAGUAUCAGCUUCAGAUUUUCAAACAUGACUCCUUUGUUGAAAGGCAUGAUUGUCAGCAACGAACCUGGAUACUACGAGGAUCAUGCAUUCGGAAUUAGAAUAGAGAAUCUCCUUAUUGUGAAAGAAGCCAAUACACCCGUUCGCUUUGGAGGAUUGGAAUAUUUGGGAUUUGAAAAGCUUACAUUUGUUCCCAUUCAGACCAAAAUGGUUGAUUUGUCAUUGCUCUCUGCAACUGAGAUCGAUUGGCUCAAUAAUUAUCACGAACAAGUCUGGGUUAAGGUAUCCCCAUUGCUCGAGGGCUUGGCUUCUGAGUGGCUCUGGAAUAAUACAAGGCCAAUCUUGAAGCGGUAGUUGGGCUGUUCCACCGGUUUUAGGACAUUGUUUCCCUUCCCGGAGGGGCAUUGGCAUUGGCAUUCAUUCGAUCGCUUGUAGAAAUAUACUUGUAAAGCUGCUGCUGCUGCCGCCAAUGUUGUAUUAAAACCAGAAUGAAUAAUGAUAGAAGCCGUUAUUGUGUCGCUGGCCGCAGUUAGGAAAUUUCACAUCUGCUGUAAUUGACUUAAGGUAUUGUUCACUUCUUGCUUGCAGUAAAGAAAGUCACACUACACAAGGAUUAUUUAAAGUAUCCAUAAUUCAUCUUUUA